AUGAUCGAGUCCCCCGGCGUCGCCGAGCUCGCCGUCUCAUUCUACCGUUUCCCGCCGCGCGGCGUCUGCGGGUCCGCCGACAUAGUGGUGCACGCCUCCGCCUACGGCAUCGACGAUGGCUACCUGGCGCGGGUUGACGAGGAGCUGCUGGUGAUGUGCCAGGUGGAGACGGCGGCGGGGCUGGCGGAGAUCGAGGCGAUCGCCGGCGUCGAGGGGGUCGACGUGGUGCAAAUGGAGCCGCUGGAUCUGAGCGUGAGCAUGGGGCAUCUGUGGAUGGUUGGUGAUGGGCAGUCCAUUGACAUUCUGGAGGAUAGGAAUGCUAGAGUCUUUGAGGAUAGGAGGGCUCCUCUGAGGUCUGUUGUAGAGCGGGCUCUCCUCCAGGCAGUGGAGUUCAUUGAGGUUGUGGAGUCUAAUUUAUCUGUGAUGGCUAGAGACAUCUGGGACUCUUUUUCGCUAUCAUAG